AUGCCAUACGGUAAUAGUAUGUAUCUCACGGAUUUCAGUCAUACAACUUUUAUAUUAUGGUUCCCAUUACUAACGUUAGUAGAUCGUCAAAAUUUUAGAAAACGAGCUGGUAAUCCACCACCGCCAAGACCUGCUCCUAAAAGACUAAGGGCUAAUAAUCGACCACAACCUCCAUUACCGACACGUCCAAGUGGACAACAAUCACCACGUCAUCCAGGGAAUAACUUUCGUUUUAACAGGAAUAAUAAUGCCAAUAGUAAUGAUGCUAGACCGAUGUCACGAUAUGAAGGCUCACGAUAUAAUAAUGCAAGUAAUACCAACAAUAGUGGGGAUGUGAAUCGUCCUAUUGGCUUAAAUAAGAGGCAACAACAACAGAAUAUGGAUCCACUUCUUUCACAGUUACCGAAAGGCCCUAAGGUUAGCAUGUCGAGGUAUGAUAAUAACAAUAAUAAUGGUCAUAAUCGUAACGGCCAUCAUAGUCAUAAUAAUAAUAAUAACAAUAAUAAUAACGGUAAUAGUAAUAAUAGUAGGCCGGCAAAUGGUGAAUUAAGAAGAGUAGAUUCGAGGAAAAUAAAUCCAUCAUUUCUAAUUCAAAAGAGAAACACAUCUAUUUAUGAAAGGAUCCUACAAGUUGGAGAAGGUACUUAUGGUAAAGUUUACAAGGCACGUAAUACUGUGACCGGAAGGAUGGUUGCAUUGAAGAAAUUACGAUUAGAAAGUGAGAGAGAAGGUUUUCCCAUUACAUCAAUUAGAGAGAUUAAACUGCUGCAAAGCUUCGAUCAUCCGAACGUAUCGACAUUAACAGAAAUCAUGGUGGAAUCUCAAAAGACCGUUUAUAUGAUAUUUGAUUACGCUGAUAACGAUUUAAGUGGACUUUUAUUAAACAAACAGAUAGAAAUUAACGUUGCGCAGUGUAAACAUAUUUUCCAACAAUUGUUACAAGGAAUGGAGUAUCUUCAUGAUAAUGGUGUACUGCAUCGUGAUAUUAAAGGAUCCAAUAUUUUAGUUGACAAUAAAGGACGUUUAAGGAUAACAGAUUUUGGAUUAGCGAGAAGAAUGAAGAGGGAUAAGGAUUAUACAAAUCGUGUCAUUACACUUUGGUAUAGACCACCAGAAUUAUUAUUGGGUACGACUAAAUAUUCUGAAGAAGUGGACAUGUGGGGGUGUGGAUGUGUCCUAGUAGAAUUGUUCAACAAAACGGCGGCAUUCCAGGGCCAAAAUGAACUAGAACAAUUGGAUUCUAUUUUCAAAAUCAUGGGGACACCAACGAUUGAUCAAUGGCCUAAUUUAUUUGAGAUGCCUUGGUUUUUUAUGGUCAUACCACAACACAGUGAAAAGUAUCCAACUGUCUUUAGAAAUAGAUUUGGCAAUGUGAUUCCAUCAGAAUCGUGUUUCCAAUUAGCUGAGGGUCUCCUUGAUUAUAAUCAGGACAAAAGGUUAUCAGCAACAACGGCAUUACAGAGUCCAUUUUUCAAAGAAGACCCUCAACCAGAACCGCUUGUCUUAGAAGGAUAUGCUGGUUGCCAUGAAUAUGAAGUUAAAUUAGCUAGGAAACAGAGGAAAAUGGAGGAACAGGCAUCAAAACGAGAAUCUCAAUCACAAUCACAAUCACAAUCACAAUCACAAACACAAUCGACUAAUGGUAAAUAG